AUGUCGCCACAAACGGUGAAUCGGCUUCUCGCUACCCUACUUUUAGUCCUGCUCAAUAUUACGGUAAGUUUUUGAGUUUUUUCGAAAUUUUUUGAAAUUUUGAAAUUUUUUAAAAAUUUUUAAGAAUUAAAUAAAAUUGUCAAAACUUACUGUACAAUCGCCAUAUUACUGUACAGCAGCUUAAGAUACGAUAAAACCCGUCAAAACAUGAUAUUUUGGUGUAAUUACAAUAUUACACAUGGCUACAUCAAUAUCCAGACACUAAACAGGUCGUAAAUGUUAUUUUUAUAAAGUGUUGUGUCUGUAAAACGAUAAUAGGCUUUUCUAAAUUGAUUUUACUUUGCUAUCUCAACAUACGAUAACAUUUAUACUAAAGUUCUUCAAUUUGAAAAGCUAUAAAGUUUGUCGUUUUUUUGCAUUGAAAUACAUGUAAAACGACGACAAGACUUUUUUUGAAGCUUGAUUUGUAAAGAUAUUGGUUUUUAAGUUAGAGUUUUGUAUAACAAAAGCCAUUUUUGAUUUAAGGUCAUAUUAAAAAUGGCAAAAAAUUUUUAAUAUCAUAUAGAAAAUGGCAUAAAACCCUUUAUAUUAACUAAAAAAUGGCCUUUUUUCCAAUUUAAAUCAUCAUAACAGCCUUUUUUAAAUAUAUAAACAGUCAUAAAAUGUCAUAACCUUAAUUCCAUUUACAAUGUCAAUAAGCUCAACAUAAAACCCAGCCAAGAUACGAUGCUAACAAUUAGAGAAAUGGAAUGUAAAUCCUUGUUUUGAUUAAAUCUUACCAUUGCGAAACGUUUACAAUUGCCAUUUUUAAAUGAAUAGUGAAAUUUGAAAGCGCAUUUCGAUGAUUUUCAAAGCGUAUUUUGGCCCUUUCUUCGAAAUACCAAAGUAAAUAGGAAUGUAAAGAAGAAUGUAUAUGAUACAUGGCAUUAAGGCUUAGAAUCGACUGUAAAUGUAAGCCCUAAGGCAGAGUAAUAGUAAUGAUAAGGGAAAUAAUAGUAUUAGGGUAAUGCCUGAUGGUAUGUCAGUUUAUGAUGAGAUUUCAAAAGGUUUAAGACUAGAAUUAACUUUGAGGAGCUUUGAGUAAGCUCAGUAUGUCGGCCCUAUACCUAUGUUAAUAUCACUAUAUAAAGCUUAUAAGCCUUAGUUUUGGGUAAUAAGUAGAAAGAGUAAUCUGGUAAGAGUUUUAAGAUACCUAAGGGCAUUUUAAAGCCAAUUUGAAUUUUUUUUAAAAAAUUUUUAAAUUUCAAAAAAUUUCAAAAAAAUCAAAAUCUGAUCCAAAAACUUUCAGACCUCCACUGCCUCACACUCGAAAGCCCGUCUCAACAUUUACUUCGAAGCACAGAACAUGGAAAGCACACACUUCUUCAAAACACAGCUGUUGCCACUUUACGAGAACACGGAGCUCGGCAAUCGGAUCGAGCUGAGAUUGGUACCCUACGGUCGGUCGCAUUGUGAUAACAUCGAAAAGGACUAUGUGUAAGUUGAGCCUGAUUGACGAUUUUAGUAGGACUAUAAUACUAUAUAGCACUGUAAUACUAUAUUGUACCAUAAUGCUAUAUAGUACCAUAAUACUAUAUAGUAUCGUCUUUAAUAAAAAGACAUUUUUUGGCCGGUUCAAAAAGAAUUGGGUGAUUUUGUUAUGUAAUCUCUAUCAAAAAAGUCCAAUUCUUUUUGACGCGAUGGGUAUAACCUCGUUUAACUUGGUUUUCUGCCAUUUUUAAUAGACGCCGUGCCUUAAAAAUAAAUUCCUAUGACUCACAAGACGCUAACAAAGAUACUGUAACAAAAUUCAAUUCGAAAAUGUUACUUAAAAUUACAGUAUAAAACCAAAAACUUUUAAAAUCAGGCUAAAACCCGGUAAAAUCAACCUUAAAACCCCUAAUUUUCCUUCAUUUCAGCUGCUCCUGUCCUCACGGUGAUGACGAAUGUGAGCUAAUGUACCUAAUGUCCUGCGUUCUACACGACUACCGACAUCACGGUCACGCCGUCGACACAGUAGCCUGCAUUCAAGGCCAGCCUUCAAUGCAAGCCGCGAUGGACGAGUGCAUUGCGCCAUUAAGGCCGAAACAACGCAAAUGGUACGGCCAGUGUUCGAACAACUUCCGCGGCCACUACCUCACGUGGCUGCAGGGAUUGAGGACCAGCGCUCUCGGAGUACCAUUGUCCAACAUUCCGUUCGUCGUGCUGGAUGGGCACGUCAACGAUUUGGCCAUUGAGAACUUGCAAGGCGAGGUUUGUGCGGCGUUAUCGCAUCCCAAGCCAUCGGCUUGUUUCUAA